ACCGAAGGCACCUUUCGUGGAAAUUGUGUUACGCUGUGUUUCUUUUUUAAUUUUUGAUUUUGCAAUCGUGAGCGGUUAAGGUGCCGCGUGGUGUUCAUCCGCGGCGCGUUCGAUAUUCACUACUAUUUCUGCUACUGACUCGCACUUCAUUCUAUUCUGGGACACGCGGACGACAGACGCGAGAUCACGGACGGUGACGACGGCGAGAUAGAGCGAGCGUCCCGAACCGCGGCUAAACGGCACAGACAGUGGCGAACCGUGCCGACCGAGUCAGUGUCAGUCCAUCCUCCGCACGCGUAUCAUCCGAAAUCACCCGCGGCAGCAUGCGAACUCUCGUUACAGUGCGUGACGGUGGACGUGCGCACGUGCCGCGUACCGCCCUGCUGGUGCAGCUGAUCGUUGGCGGGCUGCUGCUGCUCGCCACCGUCUGUCACGAUCGUGCCGCGACCGCAUUCAACCUGGACACGAUCAACUACAUCCUGCAGGAAGGCGAACCGAACUCCAUGUUUGGCUUCAGCGUGGUGCUGCACCGCGAACAGAACAAGAGCUGGGUGAUUGUGGGCGCACCGACCGCCAACACAACGCAGAAGAACGUGAUCGAGGGCGGUGCCGUGUAUCGCUGCGACAUUUACGACGAUCAUCGGUGCUUUCUGGUGCCGUUCGACACGGAAGGAAACAAUUACAACGAUCAAAACGAACAGAUAGACACAAAGUCGAACCAGUGGUUCGGUGCGACAGUUGCCAGUGCUGGAAUUGACGGGCCGUUGGUGGCUUGCGCCCCACGCUAUGUAUUCCAUCAGCUGCACCCGAGAAAGGUGGAACGGGUUGAACCCGUCGGCACCUGCUACUUGGCUAAGAAUAAUAUGCGCGAAUUUCAAGAUAUAUCUCCCUGCCGAACAGCCUACUGGGGCUACCAUCGGCAGGGAUCCUGUCAGGCGGGUUUCAGUGCCGCCCUAACGAAGGAUGGAUCACGAGUUUUUAUCGGUGCACCCGGCAGCUACUACUGGCAGGGACAAAUGUAUUCCAUUAACACCGACGUUGUGUUUCCCUAUAAACCCCCGCGGUAUGGUCAUUUUGGCGAAGGAGGCCAGAUUUAUUCGUUCAGUUUGAACGAUCCGAAGGAUAAGGUGUACAAGACGCUGGAGGAUACGAAGAAGGAAGAUGACAGCUACCUCGGAUAUUCGUCGACGACGGGUGACUUCAAUGGGGACGGUAAGCAGGGCGUUGCGGUAGGCAAACCGCGUGGCGCACAGCUACUGGGCAAGGUGCUCAUCUACUCCUGGAACAUGACGAACCAGCAGAACAUAACGGGCGAGCAAAUCGGUGCCUACUUCGGCUACUCGCUGGCGUCGGUCGAUGUGGACGGUGAUCGGCUGGAUGAUCUGAUCAUUGGGGCGCCGAUGUACACCGAACCAAACAACGAGGGCAAGUACGAGACGGGCCGGGUCUACAUCAUGUACCAGGGUUCCACACCUUCCGGUCGGUUCCGCGAGCUAGACACACGAGACGGCACGAACAGUAAGGCACGGUUCGGACUGGCCGUCUGCUCACUGGCCGAUCUGAACCUGGAUGGGUACGGUGAUUUCGCGGUUGGUGCUCCGUACGACGGACCAAACGGGCGUGGUGCCGUGUACAUCUUUUACGGUUCACGGACGGGCCCGUUGGAAAAGGCGUCGCAGGUGAUCCAAGCUGAGGAGCUACCAGUUGUGACGCGCCUGUCCACGUUCGGAUUUGCCCUGUCCGGUGGGAUCGAUCUGGACGGUAACCAGUACCCGGACAUGGUGGUCGGUGCGUACGAGUCCGACAAAGCGUUCGUCUUCAAGGCACGUCCGGUGGCAGCGAUGGAGGCAAGCACACUGUUCGGGACGGAACGAAAGCUGAUCGCACUGGACGAUCGCAACUGUACGGUGGUGCAGACGCAGAAACAGGUCGCCUGUACGGUUUUGCAUUCGUGCCUCAAGUACAAGGGCAUCAAUGUACCGCCGAGCCUGGACAUCGAGAUCUCUUGGACAUUGGAUGCGCGCAAAACACGCAAUCCGCGCAUGUUCUUCCUGGACCAAGAAGGCAACAGCAACCGCACCCUGUCGAUGAGGCUGUUCCGUGAUAAGCUGGAAUGUCGCAGUGAUAUGGUGUACGUGGCGGACAAUAUACGGGACAAGAUCACACCGCUGGAGGUGGAGAUGGCGUACAGGCUGCGACAGAGCGCUCAAAGCCGACAGCGUCGGCCCCGCGCUAACGUCGAACCCGUCCUGGAUCACAACCGUGGCACGGUACAGCGCGACACAAUCAACAUACAGAAGAACUGUGGCCCGGACAACAUAUGCGUGCCGGAUCUGCGCAUGGAGGUGAAGUCGGUCGACGACUAUCUGCUCGGCUCCAACAAUCUACUUUCCUUGGAGGUGCUGAUCACCAACAGGGGCGAGGACGCGUUCGAGGCAGGCUUCUACAUGGCUGUACCGAAUGGGCUUGAUUUUCGUCGUGUCGAUCGGCUGGGCGAGGUGAAAGACGUACCGGUGCUCUGUACCGCACCGUCGGCUGCUACGAAGAAAACGCUCAAGUGCGACAUCGGCAACCCACUGUCGAGCGGUAAGGUCGUACAUUUCAACGUCAUUCUGGCCCCAUCAUUCUCCGCUGGUAUGGGCUCGAGCUACGACUUUUAUCUGGAGACCAACUCCACCAAUGCUGAGGUGAAGGACAGCCAGAACGAUAAUGUGGUGCGCAAGAGCAUCGGCAUCUUGGUACAGACAGACCUGUCGAUGUCGGGCGUAUCGCUGCCGGAAGAGUUUUUGUACAACUACAGCGAGUACCGGACGCUGGAGGAAGCCCGGACGGAGCGGGAUAUUGGACCGCAGGUGGUGCACAUCUAUGAGAUCCGGAACGAAGGUCCCUCCACGAUCGACGAAGCGGAAUUUUUCGUCCUCUGGCCGUUCGAAACCCUCGACGGAGUGCCACUAAUGUAUCUCCUCAAUCAGCCCGAAACACACGGUAACAUUGAGUGCCUGCCGACGGAGUACGCUAACCCGCUGAAUCUGGCCAUUGACAGUGUGCUGGCACGGAAGAGUUUCCUGGAUAAGGUUGGUGUGUCUGGCACGAGUUUCUCCUCGACAAUGGGCCGCACGACAAAGUUUAGCAGCGUGUCCUCCACGGCGGUGGGCAAUGACAGUGCAGGCGGUGCGUCAUCCGUUUCCUUCCAAUCUACUGGCGGAUCAACUUCUGGUCGCAAUAGUGGUAGUAGCAGCAGCCUGAGUGGAAGCAGCAGUGGCAGUAGUAGUGGUGGUAGUAUUAGUAGCACUAGCAGCACCAGCAGCAGUAGCAGCAGUAGCAGCAGUAGCAGUAACAGUUAUAGCAGUAGUGGUAGCAGCAGUACUGGAAGUAGUAGUGCCAGAACAAAUGAGUCGAGGUACUCCUCUUCGGGUAGAGGUUCGUCGGCCACAGGCGGUGGUUCCGAACGGCGCUAUCAAACCGAGGGUGACUCAAUUUCUACUGGUCGAGCGCAUGGUGAGUAUGACCAGUCUCAAGGAGAGGCAUACUCUAGACAAGGGUACGAACAGCAAGGAUCGCAAGGAUCGCAAGGUGAGGGCUAUCGACGCCAGCAACAGCAUUACGAAGGAAGAACGCGCGUUGUGGAUGCCAGCAGCAGCUAUGGAGCAGCUGGUAGUGGUGCCGUAUCAGCCGGCUAUGAUGCGUCAUCUACCAGCAGCAGCAGUAGUAACAGUGGUCGAAACGGUACCACUUCGUCGGUGGUGUACUACACAUCGAAGAAUCGCACAACCUACCGCGAUGAGAAUGGUCGGGUGCAUGAAACCGAGAGCAGCGAGUAUCGUCGACACAACUAUGGUGGCGAUGGACAGGGCGAUCUGGUGCACGAAGCAGGCACCACCUCUAACGUUGCAUCCGGCUCGUCAACACGCCGCCGUAUGAUGAGUCAGCAGGAUGGCGAAACAGCACCAUCGCGGACGGGUCUUAUUACCGAGUUCAUGCAUCUGGGUGACUACACUGGAUCAGGUGUUGGUUCUACCGCCAGUCACGAUCUAAACCGGUUAGAAAACAAGUUCCGCACAGAGUACUCGCAGCAACAGGUUGGCGGUGGAUCGACAUCCUACCAUACCGGAUCGUCGUCGGGAUCCUCCUCGUCUGGCCGGCAAACUCAUUACACCAGUCGGGAACACCAGCAGCAUCAGGUAGAGUCGGCCACGAGCAAUGCGUACAACGGAAUAGCAGACGAUUUGGAUCAGGAGCACGACGAAGAUGACUACGACUCAUAUGACCGCAGCGAGGAAGACAGCUACGUCGAUCCGGUCGCACCCGGUGCUCCAGGAAACCGUCGCGCGUACCCACCGGGCUAUGGAUUACCUCACCUGAAGCAACAUCUGAACCAAGGUCACGAGAAUGUGGAGCAGAAGUUCCGCUACUAUCAACGCUUUGAUCGGCAGCGUCGUCAGGUGCCGACGAAGGACGAGUCCGAUCGUGCGCUGGAGGAGGCACUUCGAUGUCACGCGACGCGCUGCGCCAUCAUACAUUGCAAGGCAGGCCCGAUCGGCAAUAAGGAUGUGGCGUUCAUAGCGCUUCGUACGCGUGCCGUUGCACAUACGUUCCACAAGCUGUCGUCGUCUGAAUCACUGUACUUCUCCACGAUGAAUGUAGCGCGGGUCCUAAAGCUACCGUACAUUGGCGAACCGAAGGACAAACCGAUCAAGACGCACGAGAUCAAGGUGUUGGCAUCGCCGGAACGGCUGGUCAAACCUGACGUCGUGCCACUCUGGAUCGUGGUUCUGGCAGCCUGUGCUGGGGCUCUUAUUCUUCUGCUGCUGAUAUAUCUACUGUCGAAGUGUGGCUUCUUCGAGCGCAAACGUCCGACGGACUCGUCCGAGCGGCAGCCACUGAACCGAAACGGUAACUAUCAUGGCGACGAACAUCUGUGAGCUUCCUUUCCCCCCCUUUCCCCAAACCCCCCGCUCGCCAUGUCCCUAAUGGAGGAGAAUGUACGGACCCGGUUCCGUAUCGGUGACAACUUCAUCACUGAACACGUUCUCGCCUUUCUCUGUCCCUUAUUAUGUUGCAGAGUAAUGUGUAAGGUACACACCGGUGUGCCCGGACACUGCACAAGCUGUGGGGGCUCAUACGUCACUAGUGACACCCGGGCGCAAAACAGUUAGACGGCAACGCCAAUAACCGUCGAAACCGACGCCCAAAACUGCAUGGUGAGCGUGGUGUUGCUAUGUGUAACGAGUGUUGAAGACAGGAUGGCGCUGCGGAAAACGAAAACGUAGUGUGAAAACAGUUGUAAAGGCAUGUUUUCUGUUAUUGACAACACUUAAUCAACUAGUCAAACGAUUUUGCUCGUAUGCGUGUGCACAAUAUUUGCAUGCAGAAGAAGAAAAGAACAACCAUCUCAUUAACAUCAUCUUUUGUUUUUUUUUGUAUUAUGUCGGCUACUACCCUUAUUAGCGGGCCAUUUUGUGUUCGCGUUAUUAUUGUUUAAUCGAACACUGAACUAAGUGUUCUAAACAACCGUACUAAACCGGCUAGUAAGAGCACGCGUUUUUUUUGGGUUUGUUACGAGUUAGCUUCUGCAUCUGGUUAUGCUAGUACGGCAGUAGUAGUAGUAGUGAUAGUGGUCAAAUCCUGGGUGAGUGACCAAGUGAAAACAAAACAAAAUCGCACAACAGGAUUGAACAGUUGGCGAACAAUUAUGUAUCUCGCGUUAUACUCACCAAACUAACUCAUUAACAUCUCAUCAUUCGCGUAAGUGUGCGUGGUGUCUGUAUGUGUGUAUUAGCGAAGACUGACAGAUUCUGGUCGAUUAGCUGUCAAUCAGUUCAGGGUGCAUGGACGAAGAGAGUGAGAGUGUGAGAGAGAAAAAGGGAAAAGUUAGGAGGAUUGUAAACAACGUGCCUUAUGUGAACUACGUGCAGCUCGGGAGUACAAGCGCCGCAAUCAUCUCAUAUAGCGACUGGUGUCAACACCAGUCGGUAACAGAUAUAGCGAUAGAAGGUUAUAUUAAAAAAAUGAAAACAAUACACAAAUUUACACGAUUUUUUUUUUCGUAGCUAAAUAAUUGUUGAUACACGUCAUCAUGGAACGUUUACAAUACUGAUAUUAAAAUUAACCUGGAAUGAUGCUGCCUUAUCCGUUUUUAGUAAUAACACGUUACGGAAUAACAUUUAGUAAGUUAUUAAUAUCGCAGCUCUAGUAAAUAGGGGACGCUGCGUAGUCAAUUUCGGAACCCGCCAUACAUGCUGGACAGGAGGGAUCGUUGGUUCUUCCCCAUUCCCGCCCCUCCUAAACCCGUGCCCUUCCUCUGUGCCUUUUCUUUACAAAAAAAAAACCAUGGAACAAACGAAACAUACAAACAAUGUGUAAUAUUUUACAGUAGCAUGUAAUCUUGUCCGCCAGCGUUCUCA